CUGCUGCUGCUGCUGCUGCUGCUGCCAACAGUGGACGCGUCUCACGCUCAAGUCUGCCGCUCUCCACCUUCCUCUGGUUAAUGGAUUAUACAGUUUCCCUCCAAGUGCAACACCAGCUGGCCGUGUUCCCGACACACUUCUGUCAGGGCUACAGUGUGGAGUUACAGAUGAAGUCAACAGAGGUGGACCAAGGGCUUUUCACAGAAGGCUACUGCAAAGUGUGCAGCGCGCAGCUCAUCUCCGAGUCCCAGAGGGUCGCCCAUUAUGAGAGUCGGAAACACGCCAACAAAGUGCGGCUGUAUUACAUGCUACAUCCUGUGGAUGGAGGCUGCCCUGCCAAGAAGCUCAGAACAGACAAUGGCAGUAACGAGGGCGACGUGGACAAGAAUAAGUGCUGUACGCUGUGUAACAUGUCCUUCACCUCAGCAGUGGUGGCACAGUCACACUACCAGGGUAAAAUCCACGCCAAGAGGCUAAAGCUGCUACUGGGGGAGCAGCCCACCAUCACAACUAAAGAGGCAUCCCCCAGUCCUGUAAAGAGCUCCCCUGAAACGUCCCCCAUGACGUCCCCACGACAGCGCCGCGACUCAGACCGCUACUGCCAGCUAUGCAACGCCUGGUUCAACAACCCCGGCAUGGCUCAGCAACAUUACGACGGCAAAAAGCACAAGAAGAAUGCUGCCAGAGCAGACCUGCUGGAGCAGCUGGGCAAGACCCUGGACAUGGGAGAAAUGAAAGGUCUGAAGCGGAGCUACACCUGUGAAGUGUGCAGCGUCACACUGAACUCGGUGGCACAGUACCAUGCACACCUGCAGGGCUCAAAGCACCAAAACAAUCUGAAGAACCAGAUAUGUGUCCAGUGAGCAUGGGACAAAGAUGAAACCCAACUACUGGAUUGAUGUCAGACAAGCUGUUGUCAGCUUGCCCUGCUUAUUCUGCCUUUGCUCCGCUUCUGCUCUCUCCACAUCAUCUCUCUCUCUCUCUCUUUCACUCUGUCUGUUUUGGCCGCCCCGACAACGAGGAAAAUAAAGGUUUUGUUUUUGUAACACUCCAGCACUGUAUCAACUCUCAUCUGACAGUCUACAGUACAGUUUUGACAGUUCCUCCUCGUCGCUGGCCACUUUUAAACCAUUGACCCUUGACAUUCCACUGCAGCUGCACCCUGUGUUUGGGAUUCACUGACAUGACAGUGGCUCUGGCACACGGCAGCCUUUCUAAACAUGCAUGGACUAAAUUUUACUCUUUCCACGUGAUGCUAAGAGCUGUAUGUGGAAUUUUGACUAGAUAAUAUGAGGGUUGUUUUCAGCUGUUGUUGUGGAACAGUUGAAGUUGAACAUAUUUAUUUGAAAGUGAAAGAAAAGACACACAGAUGUACAUUACAGUACUGUAUAUUAUUUAGCAUUGUGGGCUUUGGCUAUGAGAACAUGUGACUCGUUGCCCUCAGAUUCUGUAUGGCACACACAGUGCAUCUUAACUUUAAUGCUUUUAUUGCAUACAUGCUUGCAGUGGAGCUAAAUCCCCUUACUGCUGAAAGGGGUCUAUGGCAAUAAUGACACUGGUUGGCCUCUUUCUGUACAGUAUGUUGAAAUGGUUUUAUCUUCUAUUGGCAGUGCUGAACAUUAAAUGACUUCUGUGGCUCUUGUAGUGCUUUAAGGAGACCAGCGGAACUGAUUAGCGACAUCAUUAUCUACACAGGACCAGCAAAUAGUUUUAUUAAACUUUAAAGGAAUAAUUCUGGCCGAUUACAACUAGGCUUUUAUUUUGAAUGUUGGCUAUCAUUCCUAUUGUUAAUGACUCACCAAAUAAAUGUGUGAGCUCUGGGAACACAGCAAGAUCACUAAAAGAAGUCCAAAUGGGCGAAAAAGACAAGUAGUCCAAUGAUCCAACAGGUUGUGAGCAAAACACCUAAGUCAAGUCAGAUUUAUUGAUUUACAUAUAAAAACAACAGGAGUCAACCCAAAGUGUUUACAAUCAUGAUUAAGUUAGGCGAACUAUGAAAUAUUACUCCAUCCAUGCACUCAUUCAUGUUUUGGAUGUGUCCAGUAGCAACAAGCCCAGAUCUCCUUCUCAGCAUCCCCUAGUCCCCCAGGUCUACUUGUGGAAUUGUAAGCCCUUUCCAAGAUUCAAAAUAAAGAGGUUUCCAGUCCAAGGCCCUUCUGAAUGUCUGGUAGAUUUUCAUCCUGAAUAAAGCUGGAAUCCUUUUCAAGGGACAUACACGACUUUGCAAAACUAAGCAAAGAAAGGUUAGGGUUAGGGUUAGAAAGUUUGAAAGUUGCACAAAUCAAAAGUACAAAUAGAAACAAACCAGCCUCAUGAUCAUCGCUGAUAUGGUCCCUGCUGUUAACGUUCAUUUAUUUACAGCCUGCAAAAACUGAUUGAAACCAGCAAGUCCAGAUUCCCUGUUUAGGACCCAAAUCUUGGCCAUUUGUAACAACAAUUUCGUUCUUUUUGUCUUAACAAAGUUUUUGACCCUGGUGGUUCUGGUUCCUCUUCCACCAUACCACGACUUUCUAAUACAGUGUUUGCAUUCCUGCUUCGAUCGCAAGUUACACCCAGCCUAAAGGGAGCAGUUCUUUGUUUAACACCGUGACCAGCGUCUUGGAGGUGCUGACCUUUAUCACCCAGUGUGCACUGGAGGUCGCAGCCUAAUGUCGCCAGCCGAACAGAACAAUCUGCACACAGAAUAGACACAGUCCUGAAGGCCUCACUCAAUAGUUUGUCAGAUGCCACAACUCUUCUACAUUUACAUUGGUGGAUCCGAUCCUGACAAUUUAACUUUCCUAACUUUACGAAACAAACAAUGCAACAAUCAUGCUCACAUUAAGCAGCAAUUGGCCAUGUGUGUGGAGUUGAGUCAAGAUGGACAUACAUUGUGGGACUUUAAUUCCACCUAUGUGCCAUUCGGUGAUGAAAUGUUCCAGAAAAGAGGCAUCUGCAAUUUAACCGGAAGAUUAGUGUUAAGCUGAAUGCAAACAUUGUAGGAUACUAUAUUACGCACAGAGCACUGGCCACUCUACUUCUAAUUCUUUCUUGCUGUGCAAAUACUUCUAGCCAUAAACUACACACUUUCGACUACUUCAUUUUUCCAUGUUGCCCGGACGCAGUGAGGGUCAAAAUGGAUGAGACUGCUUGACUAGCCGUCGGCACUCAAAUUGCACAGUGAAUGCCCUCUUUAAUUUUGGUUUGGACAUGUUUACCAUUUCAAUAAUUUGAGCUAUUGGCUCAUUAAAAUUAAGCCUGACGGAUUACGUUUCUUGUCCCUGUUUAGUCCUUGCUUCAUGCUCCCAGAUCUCAGCUCUUUGGUGAAGACAUUGUAACGAUAAACCAACAUAAACGAUUCCGAAUGCUACAAAUAUGAAACUCCAGCUGAAUUAAACCAAGAUGUGAUAGAUUAUAUGGUGUGAUUAGUUCCACAAAUUAGAAAAGAAAAUAGAAAAUAUUUUUAUCUAAAAGCUGCAUAUACAGUCCACUGUAUGUGAUCAGUGUUAAAGGCUUGGAAAUAUUCCCUCUGGUUAAGAUGCUUUCAUUUCAGUAUGGUCUUCAUCUCAGGGAGGUAUAACUGGUUGCUUCAGUGAAAUGUAACAGUGCUGUUGAGAAUCUAACAGUCACAAGUACUGAAUCCAUUCCACUAUGGAGCCUUGUAGAUUGUGUUGGUAGAUAAUGGAGUGAACCAUAAGUGUGAUGGUUUCACAAAAAGAGUCUUGAUAUUGUAGAGUGUAUUAAAGGGUAAUUCAGCUUUAUAUGCCCUAUCAGUGAAAAGUAUUUGAACACCAUUAUUUGCAACUAACUCCUACAGGUCCCCAACUUUAAUGGUGACUUACUUAUCCCUUAGUGCAACAUGUACUCUGAUACAUGAAAUGCAUAACACAUCCUAUAGCAACAUAAUGAAGCAGCACACAGUUUCACAUGAUGGAAGAGCAGCUCAGUCUCCAGAACUAAGGUCUUUGCACACUGAGUCAUCAGUCGUUUCUUAUGCAACGAUGAGAAUGUUUGAGUGUGAUGCGUUUUGUUAUUCUAUUGGUUUCAAGAAUUCUCAGUAGGAGAUCAAAUAAAACCUCCAAUCCUGAGAAGCCUUCAGGAAGAAGGAGAAUUUCAUCUUCUCAUCAAGGAGAUGGGCAAUCAUCCAGAUUGCUUCCUAGUCUUUUUCGGGAUGUCAGUGGUCCGGUUUGGUAUUUUACCAGGAUUGAUAUCACACAUUAAAAAGAAGGAAACAAAUUCCUAGGAUCCAAUUGAUCCUGAACAGCUCAAACAUUCUAGAAUAACUUUGACAGACGCAAAAAAAGGCAACAAAUCAAUCAUGUUCCAAAAUCUUGAUGAUGGACAAAAAUGCAAACUUGAUGUGCAAAGAUCUUUAAACCCCAAGGAGCGAGAGAAAUCCUCCUUCGGAGCCGGAGAGCCCUUGUCUUCUACUGUUUUAGACCUACACAUGUGCCUGUUCAAGACCCACUAAGAGAAGUAAACUGAGUCUUCCUUUUAACAUCAUCGAGGCUGAACAUUAAAUUCUCCACUCUAUAAUACACAAAUAAAUAAGAAUCAGAAAUACCUUAUUGAUCCGAGGGGGAAAUUGUGUGGCAUAAUAGUGGACAGAUUUUAGCAGCACUCUGUAUCUCCACUCAGAUUUCCAUGGCUGUGUGCCCAAUGAAGGUCAAACACGAGCUCUUUGAGUUUCUGAUUCCUUUAAAAAGCACACAAUCAGUUUAUAGUAAAAAAAAAACUAACUUAUUUAUUUAUAUAUCGGUGAGUGGGUGUUGGCAUACAGCUGUUUAUGAUUAAAGUUUAUUAUGUAGGCAUACAGUUGUUUUAACUCAAGCAAGGGCUCUCCGGCUCUGCAGGUUGAUGAUAUUGCAAGGAGCUUCAAGUGGAAUAUCUGUUCCAGUUCGGGGUCAAACUUUCCAAACAAUGUUUGAUUUAUUGUAGAAAGAAAAUUAUGAUUUGUUUAGCUGCUAACAUUUUCAAUUGUUUAAUUGUUCUGUAACACUCAUAAACACUGAGACACACAAUUAUGACGACUAAAUAACAGCUCGAGAAUUUAGGUGUUCUAACACUUUUGACUGGUAUUGUAUAUAGAUAUAUACACUAUAUAUAUCUUAUUCGAAGCUUAUGUAGCAUUCUUCUUUCUUACAUGUCACGUUAAGAAAUUAAAGAUGUCGACUUUAAAGCCAGUGUUGUAUAACCAAGAACAUGAGGACAAUUAUAACUUCUGCAUAACUUACUGUUGUUGAUCAAAUACAUUUGUAUUUGCUAUCUGUUUACAAUAUAUGUGAUUUACUGUCAUUUUCAGCGCUGUGUGAAAUGCAGAACUGUAUUAACUCAAAAUGUAGCUUUGACUCACAUUGUUGAAGCGUUUAAUUUUGCAGAGACGUCUAAAAGUUUAUCGACCACUGAAAUCACUGGAACAUAAAGCUGGAGGGAGAAUAAAUAAAUCCUCAUCAUGGACCGAAAACAAACUGCUGCUGGCUCAUGUCAGAGCCGCCAGCUGAUGUGAGACAUUAACGAGAAUUUAUAGAAAUGUGUUUUUUAAAUAGUGCAAAAAUAAGACAUGCACGUAUGAUUUGUUAUUGCAAGUCAAAAUAAAAAAAAUAAAAAAAAACUUCACUGAAUUGCUUUGCUCAGCCUGAGUGAAGACAUUGCUAUCAGGACACUUUUGCUUUGGAUGAGUCAUGUCUCCUUCAUCACAGGACGUCCACCUGUCAUUCAUACGCCCUCUAGUCCCUUUGUGCUCUGGGUUAUGUGCUCUA